UCUCGGUAGUGCUGGUGUGUAGCAGAGAAGAGAGGGACACUCAAUCUGAAUUUAGUGUCCUGGAAACCCCAUAAAACACCACAGCCAUGGCUGCUGCUUCGGAUGCACCAAAACCCAAAACAUCUCCCAAAUCCAUAAAGUUCCUGUUCGGUGGUCUGGCCGGAAUGGGAGCCACUGUGUUUGUGCAGCCUCUGGAUUUGGUGAAGAACCGGAUGCAGUUGAGUGGACAGGGAUCCAAGGCUCGUGAAUACAAAACCAGUCUGCACGCUGUGGCCAGUAUACUCAGGAACGAGGGCAUCGGGGGCAUUUACACUGGUCUCUCUGCUGGUCUGCUGAGACAGGCCACAUACACUACCACUCGUCUGGGCAUCUACACGGUCCUGUUUGAGAAGAUGACCAAAGCUGACGGGACUCCGCCUAAUUUCUUUAUGAAGGCCUUGAUUGGCAUGACUGCAGGGGCUACCGGUGCCUUUGUGGGGACCCCAGCAGAGGUGGCCCUCAUCCGGAUGACCGCAGACGGACGGCUGCCUGUAGACCAGAGGAGAGGUUACACCAAUGUCUUCAAUGCCCUCGUCAGAAUCACAAGGGAAGAGGGAGUCACCACACUGUGGAGGGGGUGUAUACCGACCAUGGCACGUGCUGUGGUGGUGAACGCAGCCCAGUUAGCAUCCUACUCCCAGUCCAAACAAGCACUUCUGGACACUGGAUAUUUUGGAGAUGACAUCCUGUGCCACUUCUGUGCCAGUAUGAUCAGUGGAUUGGUUACCACGGCAGCGUCUAUGCCUGUAGACAUCGUUAAGACCAGAAUUCAGAAUAUGAGAAUGAUAGACGGGAAGCCAGAGUACAAGAACGGACUGGACGUGUUGGUGAAGGUAGUGAGGAGUGAGGGCUUUUUCAGUUUGUGGAAGGGGUUCACUCCGUACUACGCUCGUCUGGGACCCCACACCGUGCUCACCUUCAUCUUCCUCGAACAGAUGAACAAAUUCUACAAGAUCUACUUCCUCGAUUCGUAGACGGGGGGGGGUCUGCGGGAGGUGGGAGGGUGGGGAGUGGGCUGAUCUGAGCCGGGGUACUGACCCAGUCCUGUCGGGGCCAGUGUGUCUGCUGGUCUUCCUUCCAUUGUAACUUCAGUACCCAUGCAUAAACGGUCGACUGAAUUUGUUGAUCAAGAGCAAUUAGCACAAAAGUCAUGUUUUUCUCGCCCGUGUGUGUGUUUAGUGAUUCUCAGUUGGAGUGUAGAAUAGUUCACCCACUGUCCCUAUACAGGACUGAUGUGUUCACACACCUGCAAUGCAAAAACAGCUGACAUAGAAACUUUACCCCCGACUUAAAUCACUCAGAUCAUGUGACCUUUCCCUCAGAGACCUGUUUCAUGGGGCAAGACCCACACGGGUUCCUUCACCUCUGUCACUUUGUUUGUGACCUUGUCCUGACUGACUGACUGACUGAUUGACUGACUGGCUGACUGACUGACUCAGAAUUUUGGUUACAUUUUUGGUUUCAUUAGAGUUCUUCAUUUUGGUUCAUUUUGCUACAUCGUUACAAUCUGCAUAGACAGGUAGAGACACACACACACACACACACAGUUUGAGAGAGUCAUCCAAAAUACUCACAAACUCAAGUCUCUUCUCUAGUCUUAUGUAAUUCUCUCUCUCUCUCUCUCUCUCUCAGUCUUAGUCUGAUGGCAGGUGUGAACAAAAGCACACCCAGACUCCUCUGUCACUGUCCCUGUUGUCUUGUGCCUCACUCACUGCCCAGGGGUCAAGUGUUGUAUGUGUUCAGGGUCUGUAAGGUUUUUAGAGGCCCUAAACACACCAAACAACCAAACACACACACACACACACACACACCCAAAAGUUACGCUUUGAAGCCGCUCCUGUGAUUUGUAGUACAAAACCAAAAUCGCAGUCAGUACAAUUAUACACUUAGCCCAAAGCCGCCGCGGCCGUCCCCAUAGUGAUGCGGGGGGCGUGAAAAUCAACUUUUGUGCUUUAGUAAAGAUUGUACUUUGGCUUCGAAUGUUUAGUAGAUGUAUCUCUCUUAGGCACGACAGUGAAGAGAAAUGAAAAAUCUGUGUUUGAGAUAAAUAAAUAGAGCGAGAGAGAGAGAGAGAGAGGGCCCAGAGAGAGGACUGUUCUCUCCUCCUGUAAGUGUCAGUGUUCUGUGUAAGAUUACAGGAAAACAUUAGGAAACAGGAAAUGUUUUUUCCACCCAUUUUUUUUUCUUUAUUUCUUUACAGUAAUUCAGUUGUGCUCAAGCAGGGAAACAUUAACCUCCUCAAAAGCAAGAGAUCAUGUCAUUAGCUUAGCACAGCGAAACAGUGAAAACAGUUUUUUUUUUUUCCAUCUCAUGACCUGUUGUUAAUGAAGAUCACAGAUUCAGUGAAACACACAACAGUUUUCCAAGUUAUGAUUAAAACUGUGUUAGUUAUGGUUUCAUCUACUGAUUUUUUUUUUCGUUUUCUUUUUUUAUUUACGGAAAAAAUUAAAAUGGUUCAAACAGAUUAGCCGCACAGUGACAGACAUCAGUGUUUUUCUUUUUUUCCUUUUGUGUUUCGAACAUCAUUUGUUCUCUUCUCUUAAUUUAUGAACGCCUAAAAGUGAUGAACCUGGUUUCAAAUGAUGUACAAUGUCUACAGUAAUGUAGCUCUGGAGAAGUAAAGAGAAAAUUAAAUAUUUUAAAGGCG